AUGGAGGACCCGGGAGCAGGAGGAGAGGACAUGUUUGGGUCCUUGGAGGAGUUUCAGAAGAUCCUCAGUGAGCUGCUUGGAGACCAGAGUAUGGACAAGGUCAGGGUGGAGUAUGAGAAGCUCAUCCAGGCUCUGAAGAAGUCCAGAGAGAACGAGAAGAGGCUGAUGUCUAAAUGCAGAGAGCUCAACGCAGAGAUCGUGUCCGUCUCAACCAAAGUGGCAGCAGCCCUCAAACUGUCCCAGGAAGACGAGACCACUAUUUCUUCACUAAAGAGGGAGCUCGAUAAAGCUUGGAAAAUGGUUGACACUGCUCAUGAUAAAGAGAAAAAAGACAAAGAGACCAUCAGGAAUUUAAAAGAAGACAUUUCCAACCUAAUAAAGAUGAAUGAACAGCAAACUGGUUUCUCUAAGGACCAACAGCAGAGUGAACGGCUAAAAGUAAUCGAGGACCUGACUAAAGAAAGAGAUCAGCUGUUGACAGAUGUGGAAGAUCUGAGAGAUAAACUGAAGCAGACCUCUGUGACCCAGCAGGAGACUGAAGCCAAACGAGAUGCUGCAUUAGAGAAUAUUUCUCAGCUCCAGCAGGAGCUCCAGGUGCAGCAGAAUGAGAUUUCUCGGGAGAUGAGGUUUAAAGAGAAGCUGGACAAGGAGGUGAAGCAGCUGCACGUCGACAUGGAAGCAAAGAUGGCGGAUAUCAAAGCUCUGAAUCUGCAGGGCCAAAGAGCAAAAGAGGAGCAGCAGAGACUGGAGCAUCAGCUCAAAGAGCUCAAGAUUUUAAACGAGCGGACGAGCAAGGAGCUGGAGCAUACGCAGGUGAAGAACGGCAAACUGCAGCAGGAGAGCGAGCAGCUCUCAUCAGUCAAGGAACAUCUCUCCCUGGAGAACCAGCAGAGCGCCAAUGAGCUCAAGAUGAGAGAGGAGGAGGUGAAUCAGAUGCGUCAGGAGGUGGCCAAACAAACAAAAAUGAGAGAAAUCAUCCAGAAGAAGUUCCACCAGAUGGAGGAGCAGAAAGCUGACGUGGAUGUGCAGAGGGAGACCCUGAAAGCUCAGGUCACUGGUCUGGAGAAAGAACUUGAAUCUUCCAAAAAACAAGCUGAAGUUGACAGAAAAGCCAUCGAGGAGCUGAUCAGAGAGAGAGACAUCUUGAAUAAGAACAUGAUCACAGCGUCACAGUCUACGGAGAAACAGCAGAACCUGGUGAAACUCCUCGAGCAGGACAAGAAGACCCUUGAACAUGAGAUCAAUGGUUACCGCCAGGAAGCCCAGAAGCAACGCAAAAUCAUUCAGCAGCUGGAGAAAGAACGGGACCGCUACAUCAACGAGACCAGCAGCCUCAUGCAGAAGGUGCAGCAAAAAAUGAGUGAUGUUGAAGUAAGAGAGAGUGAGAUAUUUGACUGGAGAAAAAAAGUCACAGAAGCUGAGUGCAAACUUAAACAGCAAGAAAACCUGCUGGAGAGUGUUGUUGCUGAAAGGAACCUCUACAGCAAAAACCUCAUUGAGGCUCAGGAAGAGAUUGCAGAGAUAAAGAGGAAGAUGAAGACCAUGAACAACCAGGUCACCAGACUGAGAGAUGAGAUCACGGGAAAGGAGCUGGCCCUCGCCAAAGACCAGCAGGAACAAAAGCGCUUACAGAAAGAUAACGAGGCACUCAAGGUGGAGCUGCAGACAAUCCGGCUUCAGCUACAAGAAAAGCAGCUUGUUGACAGUCAGAAAGCAGAACAGCAAAAACUGCAGAAGAUUAUAGCAGACGCUGAUGCUGAGCAGAUCCAACAGAAGAAGCAGCUGGAACAGGUUAUCAGAGAGCGGGACAGCCUGGGCAAGCAGCUGCUCCGCCACAAUGAUGAGCGUGCUCUGCUGUACGAGAAGAUCAGGAUCCAGCAGUCCAUCCUGAGUAAGGGGGACUUCCACUACAGCCAGAGGAUCGAGGACAUCCGCCUGCUUAAGCUGGAGAUCAAGAGGCUCCGACGCAAGAAGAGCAUCCUGGACAAGACUGUUCCUAACACAGAGGACUUGAGGCGAGAGCUGUUCCACUUGCAGAGGGAGCUGCUGAGAGAGAGGGUGAGGAGCAGCGUCCUGGAGGAUCAGCUGAAGCCCAUCAACAUUCACAGAUGGAGACGACUGGAGGGCAGUGAUCCUGGAAAAUACGAACUCAUCCAGAAGAUUCAGUCCUUACAAAAACGACUCAUCACCAAAACUCAAGAGCUGGAGGAACGGGAACUCUUAUUACAGGAGAAGGAGAAGCUGUACGUGGAGCUGAAGCACAUUCUGGCCCGUCAUCCGGGUCCAGAGGCGGUGGAGCAGCUCCAGCAGUGUCAGUGGACCCUCAGAGACAGAACUAAGAAACUCAAGGCUCUGAUAGCCGAGCUGAGGAUGCUCGACUCCAAGAUGAACGAGUACAAAAGUGAGAAUCAAAGUUUAGCCGGCGAGCUAGCAAACAUUAAGAAGAAGUACCUGAGUCAGAAAAAGCUUCACAGUGAGCAGAGGUCUAAAGUGAAGGUGGAGCAGCUGGAGCCGCUGCCUCAGCUGAGCAGCAAACCUCACUUCACAGGAGGAGGCUUCAGGAUCGACAACCCGGCCAGAAGACAAUAGACGAUGAGACUCCUGUCACACAUUUCUCCUACGACAUCAUCUGACAUUAUCAGCCAAUCAAAGGGCUUCAAACAUCCUUUUUUACCAACAAGCAAUCAUGAACUCUGAAAAAGACUAGUAGAUGACAUUGAUAAUGCAUCAUGUUGAUUUAUCAUUAAAAGAAGGCUAAUUUAUUUAUUUAAGAAUUCUGAGAAUUGUAUUUGGAUUCUGGAUAUAAUUCAACCUGACAGCAUAUUACCUGUAAAAAGCACUUUUUAUAGAGUGGGUAUUAAGUAACAAAGUUAAAGUUAUCCUCCUUUAUUCCUUGGCUAGUGUUCAACAUGAUGUUCAUGUCAUCACCACUAGAUGUCAGCAAAACACAGACUGACUAAAUAUCACAACAACAGCUUCCAUCUCCCAGAGUACUUUAGAAAUAU